GGAACCACCACAUCGCACAGCACUAGCUCGCGACGCAAGUGUUCCGGGUUUAUCGCCGAACAAAGGAGAGUGUGAUCCACUCGCUUUUGGUAAGGUCAGUGAUGAUUGCUGGCGGUUAGGUCCUGCAGCCCGAGGAUGUCCGCUUCAGAUUCUGACUGCUCCACCGACUGGCUGGCCAGUGACGAUGAGGAUUGUGACAGCGCGUCUGAACUGGACUGUGUCUGCCCCGGCGCAAGGAAGACGCCGCCCUUACCUGCGCCAUCGGGCGAGGAGUCCAGCAACGGGCAGCUCCACCUCGAUCCCAUGGAGGGGAGCCGUAACAGUGAUGUCAUGGAUAAGGACAGCUGCCUGAGCGGGGACAGCGGCGUCCCGAGCCGUGGCAUCCACUCCGGAUGUACGCAGUCACAGGCCAGCGGCAUGCGGAACUUGCUUCUCUCCGGGAAGCACGAGCAGUCUGGGUCUUUGUGCCGGUCCCCACCUCAUGCUGCAGAGAGUUUACAGAGAGAGGGACCCCGGCAGGCACAGAAGAGGCCUUGCGGCUCAGAGGCCUUGGGGGUCUGGGCUUCUUGGCAAAAUCCCAACAAGACGGACAGUGGUGAGCUGUUCGCUCGCAAGUGCAUGGAGCUACAGUGCUAUGUGCCCCAUCUGUCCUCAAUCUUGAACGGCCUGCAGGCUGGGAGAUACAGAGAACGUCUGAGCAGUUUCCAAGAGAGCGUUGCCAUGGACAGGAUUCAGAGGAUAAUGGGGGUUCUGCAGAACCCGUGCAUGGGAGAGCGUUACAUCAAUAUCAUUCUGAAAGUGGAAGAAAUGCUAAGGAGCUGGUUCCCUAAUGUGAAAUCCAAAGACCAACUCGCUUGUGACCAGACGGAGGAAACCACUCCCUCUAAGAGAAAGAAGCUGUGCCCGGUCACCACAGCGGAAAGCCCCAUGUCUCUUGGCGGUCCCCCUGGCAGUAGCAAGGCUCUGGGAGUCAGCGAGCCCACGCCGCUGGGCGCCUAUUCCGCCACAAACUUGAAGUGGCUCCACACGUCCCCUAUCUGCUCCCCCACCGCGGAGCUGGCCCUGGGGGGGCUGAGGCAGUGGCCGCCGCCGGCGCCGCCCAGGGACAAGGGCGUCAUGCAGGACAGUGCCGUGUCAUCCAGCACCGACUCGCCCCCUGAGAGCCGGCCACCCCUGGGCAAGAUCAACGCCCCCUGUUUGGAGAGACUGCUGAAAUCCACAGAGAGCAUCAUUAGCCGCAAAAACACAGGGCCCACAAAGGAGAGCAGCUGGUCAUAGCACAGAGAGAGAGAAAGAGAGAGGAAGAAAGAGAGAGACUGGUCUGUCUGCAGGAGAGGGAUGCUCAACGUUUUGAUCUGAUCUGAGUACAGAGAGACUGGGCUGUUUUUAGGAGGGGGACACUUAACCCUCUGAGCUGGUCUCUGGUCUCAGCACAGAGACACUGGGCCACCUGCAGGAGCAGAGACAGCAUUGCACUGCCCACCACGGUUUGGAGUCAGUCUGUUCGGGGGGGAGGGGUGAGGAAGGAGGGGUGCUAUUCCAGCCUUCUAAGGAGAGUGAGAGCUUUAGGGUGAGAGAGUGGUGUCCCCACUUUGAUGUCUGCAUUAAUUCCCCUCUAUUUCUGUUUGGACCUCAGUUUGGAUCCAUUGUGCAGGAGUGGGGUACAUGAACAAGGUGCAAACACACAGUCAGUCACCCAGAAAGGCAGGCUUUGGUUCUGAUGUCUGUAGGAACUGUGAUCGUGUGUCUGGACCUCCCUUUGAGAGAGGUUUGAAAUCAGUGACAUCAGUCACAGCCUUUGCAUCAGUAAGGGAAAGUGUAGGUAACAGGAUUCGGGAACACCCAAGAUAUUCAGAUAUGUCAGUGGUAUAUCUGUACAGAUGUGGUGUAUGUGUGAAAUGAAUGAAUGCAAGUUUUUUUAUUUUCUUUCUUUUGGUGUGUGUGUGUGUAACUCAGCAUUCAAAAAAAAAAUAGUUGAGCAAUGUGACUGUUACUUCAUUAACUUCAAGUUUUGAUACAACACUUCUACCUCAAUUUGACAGCGUUGUUAAGGUUGAGAUAUACUGUACACGACCAAGGACAAAAAAGAGAAGGUUCCACAAAGAGCCUGUCGUGUGGAGGCGGUCAGUAGGAGCCAUCCUACUCAUGUAAAAGGCCAGGACUGGCCAGCUGACCAGACCCCUGACGUCAGGUGACCUUCUAGAAUGUGAACUCUAUUACAGAUGUUUGCCGAAAGGCAAGCCGUGCCUGUCAAUCUGACGUCAAGCCGUGCCUGUUGGCUGAUUGAAUGAAAGAGCACCAUGUUGAAUACCCGAACCCCUGAAGGACACGCAAACUUGGAAAUCCCUCGACUCCUCUGCCUUUUCCUCUAUCAAGUAAAUUAUUAAACUCUUGCCAACCUGCAUUCUGUGGUCUAACGUAACAGUAACAUUUCUGUCAACACAAGAGUUGGACAAUGUCUAACUAAAAUACAGCAAGGAGAAGAGAAGGUAUUGCUUUGUGUAAAUAUUCUGAACAAUGUUCCAGGUUGUUAAUUUACCUUACAAAGUGGCCUUUACAGUGUGAUAUUUUAUACUUUAAAAAUAAAUGUGGUUAUAUUUGU